UGGCUGGGUGGGAAGAAGAAACAGCCUUUGGGGGGCUUCUGGUUUUUGGUGUUUUUUUUCCCCUUUCUCUCUCUGUUUGGUUUUUUGUUCUUGCAUUUGGAUUGCAGAUUUCCAGGGGCUGCAGCACCACUGGAGAAGAGCUGCAUCCGGGAACAAAAAAUCAAUAAAUGGAGGAACAAGAUCUGGUGGGACCCCAAACAGGGGAGAGAUUGGAGGAGGUAGGAAGAGGCCGUGAUGUUGUGCAGGUGGAAACCAGCAGGAAGAGUGUGACUAAGGCAACUCUGCAACAAGUGAAGCAGGAACUAGAUGAGGGGCUGCGACAGGGCUGGGAAGCCCAAUGGUCGGAGUUCCUGAGUACAUCAGAGCCCGCUCAUUCAAGGUGGAAAAAUAUGCAGCCCCAUUCAGGGCCUAGCACGACAGAACUUCAGGCAUCCUUGGAAAGUGUAGCUGAGCCUGGCCAUUGGCCUAGAAGAGAGUAUGCAACCCAAACCGUGGCAGGUCUCUGUGACAAACCCCACAAAACCUAUGAAAGCCUGGAUGUUUCUGUGAAAGUGAAGGAAGAGGUUCUGGAUGAGGACGCUCUUGCUCCAGAGAUACAGCGCCAGCGCUUCAGGCAACUCUGCUACCAGGAGGCCGAGGGGCCCCGAGAGGCCUUCAACCAGCUCUGGGAACUUUGCCAUCAGUGGCUGAGGCCAGAGAGACGUACGAAGGAGCAGAUCCUGGAGCUGCUGAUCCUGGAACAGUUCUUGACCAUCCUGCCUGUGGACAUGCAGUGCUGGGUCACAGAACACAGUCCAGAGACCUGUGCUGAGGCGGUGGCCCUGGCAGAGGAUUUCUUUAUGAGACACCCGGAGGCUGAGAGAUCCCAGCCAAGCACUCCUAAGGGACCCAGAGAAAGUGGCAGGCUGUCUUGGAAAAUGCCAGGGUCCUUGGAAGAUGUGGCUGUUAAGUCCUCUGAGCAAGAUCCAUCGGACACAGUGAAGAUGCAAUUUGCCACGGAUGCCAACCAAGGACACGAUGGGGAGGCUGGCUUUCUGGGCGACAAUCCAGUGAGGACAAAGGAGGAGGAGACCCUUCAGCUGGAAGGAUCUGAAACAUUGUUGGGAAGAGGCAGUAUCUUCCCAUUUCAUGAUGAGGAAGAAUUGCCUGGAAGCCAACAGGGACUGGAAAGGUGCAAAGAAAAGCAUCCAGGGAAGGGAGCAGAGGAAGCCUUCCUUUGUGAAGAAGGCAAGGGAAGUUUGCCCGGAAGUAUGACAAACGAAGGGAACCUCCAGUGUAAGAGCAAAAAGACGUGCCCUGAGUGUGGAAACCUCUGUGAGGUCUUUGACCUCCCUACGAACCAGAAGACUUCAGCGGAAGAGGAGUUUUACAUCUGCGCACGAUGUGGGAAGGCCUUCAAAAACAGAGCCUCACUCGUUCCACAGCAGGGGGCUCCUGCCGUAGCAAAACCAUACUCAUGCUCAGAAUGUGGGAAAAGCUUUGGCACAAAGGCCUCCCUUCUGAAGCACAAGGGGACCCACACGGGAGAGAAGCCCUAUGUGUGCUCCGAGUGCGGGAAAUGCUUCACGACCAGCUCAAACCUCAUCUACCAUAACAUUGUCCACACGGGAGAGAAGCCGCACAAGUGCUCCGACUGUGGCAAGAGCUUUCAUUGGAAGUCGUCCCUCAUCACACACGAGAGGACCCACACGGGCGAGAAGCCGUACGAGUGCUCCGAGUGCGGGAAGAGCUUUGGCAACAGCUCUCAGCUCCUGAGGCACAAAAGAGUGCACACAGGCGAGAAGCCCUAUCAUUGCUCCGAGUGCGGCCGAAGCUUCAACCAGAUUGCAUCGCUCAUUGCGCACAAGAGGAUCCACACAGGAGAGAAGCCGUAUGAGUGCUCUGAAUGUGGGAAGGGGUUCGGCACCAGAACAAACCUUAUGAUGCACAAAAGGGUCCACACGGGAGAGAGACCAUACAAGUGCUCCUACUGUGGACAGAGCUUCAGCCAGCGAACACAUCUCAUCAUACACGAGCGGACCCACACGGGAGAGAAGCCUUAUACGUGCACCGAGUGUGGGAAAAGCUUCAAUGCAAAGGCGCCCCUUAUCACACACAGGAGGACCCACACAGGAGAGAACCUUUACCAGUGCUCCCAGUGCGGGAAAAGCUUCAGCACGAGCUCAAACCUCCUCAAUCACAAUAUCAUCCACACGGGAGAGAAGCCACACAAAUGCUCCGACUGUGGGAAAUGUUUCAAUCGGAAAUCGUCCCUCAUUACGCACCAGAGGACCCACACGGGAGAGAAACCGUAUGGGUGCUUCGAGUGCGGGAAGUGUUUCAUUUCUAGCUCGGAUCUCACGAAACAUAAAAAGGUGCACCGAGGUAAACGUUCGGUCAGCGCUGAAAGUUUCAUGUAUAGUUCUGGGCUUGGAAAGCAAGGAAGUGUGCACCCAGGCGGGGAGCCAGAGAGGGAGACGACUCGGAUGCAGGCACCCUUCAGAUUGAUGAGGGGGUGUUUGCACAGCGAGACCCCUUUUAUCUUCUCCGUACCCCUGCCAAGCCAAAGGCAUCUUUUAACGCAAAAACGUGCUGAAGCAGUUCAGAAAGUGCAGCUUGGCAUAAACAUGGAGCACGAGGAGCCCUCAGCACCCAAACUAGAAGAGAAAUUGGGCAAAAGAGACCCUCAUGUUGCCCAGGUUGGGACCAUCAGGGAGUUUCUGACUGGGGAAGGCCCCCAAGAAAUUAAGCAAGAAGCAGAUGAGGGUCCUCAACAUUGUUGGGAAUCCCAAUGGCAGGAAUUCCUGAAGACAGUGGAGACCCCUCAGCAAGGAGGGGAAACCUCACAUCUGCCUCAGGCCCCAUCAGAGGACGAUACGAAGGCAUUUCAGACUGCCUUGAAAAGCGUCGCCGAUGGCAGCCAGCAGCCAGGAGGAGACUGUGCAACCCAAAUCAUGCCGGGCCUCGGUGGGGAUGUCGAGGAGGCUUAUGGAAACCUAGAUUCUUGUGUGAAAGUGAAGGAAGAGAUUCUGGAUGAGGAGGACAUUGACUUGGAGAUGCAGCACCAGCAUUUCAGGCAGUUCUGCUAUCAAGAAGCAGAGGGCUCUAGAGAGAUACCUGGGGCUCUGGAAGAGGUGACUGUAAAAUCACCCAAGUUGGAGGACGAUUCCUCUGACAUUCUCCAGUUCCAGAUCCCUAUGGAUACGGCUGUGGAAGUCAAGAAGGAGAGUGACUGGGAGUCCAGCUUGCUGGAAUGUGAUGAGCAGGUGCUGAAGAAUGAGGACGACGCAUUUCAGCUGGAAAGACCAGAGCAAGUGGGCAUCAGCGGAAUCUCCUUGGAAAGAACGGGAAGGAAGUUUUUCUGGGGUCCUGAGAUGAAAGGAAGACCUGAAAAUCAAUUGGGACCAGAGUGGCACUAUGCAAGCCAUCCAGAGAAAAUAGCAAACCAAGCCUUCUUGUGUGAGGAAGGAGACCAAAGCUUAUAUGAAAGUGCAUUUCAGUGCAGGAAAAAAUUAAGGGCUGACAGUGGACAGAGAUGGCAUCAGGCCACUGAACUACCUGGGAAUGCACUGAUACGAUCGAAGGAUAAACUGCAUAAAUAUGCACACUGUGAGAAACUCUCCAACAACAAAACAUCUCAUAUACCACAUGAGAGAACCAACACAGGUGGGAAAUCAUACAUUUGUUCCGAGUGUGGGAAAAACUUUGGCUGGAGAACGAAUCUUGUUAAGCACAAAAGAAUUCACACAGGGGAGAAGCCAUAUAAGUGUUCAAGCUGUGGCAAAAGCUUCAAUGCAAAAUCCACCCUUAUUAAACACGAGAGGUCCCAUACAGGAGAGAAGCCAUACAAAUGUCCCCAGUGCGGGAAAGCCUUUGGCGAAAAGGGGAUACUUGUGAAGCAUCUGAGAAUCCACACAGGUGAGAAGCCGCAUAAAUGCUCAGACUGUGGCAAAAGCUUCAUAGAGAGAGGUGCUCUUAUUAAGCAUGAGAGAACCCACACAGGAGAGAAGCCCUAUGAAUGUUCCGAGUGUGGGAAAACCUUCCGGAUCAGUUGUCACCUUAAACUUCAUAAAAGAACGCACACUGGUGAGAAACCCCAUCAAUGUGCAGAUUGUGGCAAAAGCUUCAGUGAGAGGGCGUCUCUGGUCAAACAUGAGAGAACCCACACAGGAGAGAAGCCGUAUGAGUGCUCUGAGUGUGGAAAAAGCUUCCGCAUCAGCUUUCAGCUUGUCAUUCAUAAAAGGACGCAUACAGGUGAGAAACCACAUGAAUGCUCAGACUGUGGCAACAGCUUCAGGGAGAUUGCCUCCCUCAUUAAACAUAAGCGAACCCACACGGGAGAGAAGCCGUAUGAAUGCUGUGAAUGCGGGAAAAGCUUCAGAACCAGUUUUCAACUGAAAACCCAUAAGAGGACGCACACGGGAGAGAAGCCGUAUCAGUGCUUGGACUGUGGGCAAAGCUUCAGCCAGAGGUCACGCCUUGUCAUACAUGAGAGGACUCACACAGGAGAGAGGCCGUACGGAUGCUCCGAGUGUGGGAAAAGCUUUGUUUCUAGCUCUCACCUUCGGAAACAUGCCGUUGUGCACACAGGGGAAAGGCCGUAUAAAUGCAUGUACUGUGAGAAAAGCUUCAGUAAGAAAUCUAAUCUGGUUGUGCACGAGAGGAUUCAUACUGGAGAGAAACCCUACGAAUGCUCUGUGUGCGAAAAAAGGUUCUGUAGUUCCUCUGUUUUUCAUAGACAUAUGAAGAUCCACCCAGGAGAGGCUUCCUAGGGGUAGUCAGGUUCUAAGAAGGGCGAUGAAUCAAACACCCAGAGACUGGGGGAAACUUCUGGAAGUGUAACUAGAGUGGGGUGAUAGGAGCACUGUCUGGACACAGGUGGGAAGAAAAUGGGCAUCGGUGGUAAAACGCUGACAUUUAUUAAGAAAGCUUCCCUUAUGCAAUGUUUUUCUUUGCCACUAUGGAACAAACAGGCAUGUCUUGAAGAUGGCACUUGGAGAAGCCAAAUAUUGGUUCACUUUAGAGUCUCAGUGUGGGCAGCAUGCCAGGCAGAGUGGCACCAUGGAAGCUAUGCAUUGGCUCUGUGAUUGUAGCCUAAUGCAGUAGUACAUUCACCAUGAAAUACUUCUGGUAGGAGAGGAGAAAAGUUGGGAUUUUUGCAGCAAACAAGAAGUGUGCUUAACUCACUCCAGAUUUUAGCUGUCAUCCCCCCCUGCCCUCCGAUGGGUCAGUCCAGGGGUAACAGCUAUCUUAUACUUGUAAUGCCAUUCCCUAUUACAUAUAAUCCCCCAGAUGAUUUCUUUUAAUAAUUUGUGUGUUGGGGGCCCUGGCUGUAGAAUUAGGAAAAUGGCUAGAAAUUGCUACAGUAUGGAAAACUUCCGUUGGCGCUCAAAUCUAUAUUAGUUAUCUGGAAUGUCCCUUGAAACCUUUGAAAUCAUGAACAUUUGAAAUUGCGUCAGCAGAACAGGGUGACAUCACGGAUGGCUUGUGACUGGAGAAGAACAGACAUCGGAGGUUAGCAUCCUCUAGAAGCUGCUGAGGGACCACCUGCACACACAACCUUUGUGCAGUGAUGAAAUGACUCUCUUGGCUGGUGAAUGGGAUGCUGGGAACCAUCUCUAAAAGCUUUUGUCAUGAGCAAAGUAAUUCUGGGCCUGGUCAACUUGCAAAGGAAAAUGAGGUAGUAGAAUAUUGAGGGUGGGGCCUGUAGAAUGGAUCAUGCCACUUCAGAUUGUAGAGUCACAUUUUUGAAUGCUCCCCUAUACUUUACCAAGUCCCUGCAAAUAGAAAGAGCAGCCAAUGGGCUGGAAUAGAACCUUUGUUUCUGAGGUGCCAGUUUCUGCUUGAAGGGUUUGGAUAUUUUUUAAAAAAACAAAGCAAACCUAAGAGAGCAUUCAGAAAUGUAAUCCUCCACGUGGGGUCUCCGUGGAUAGAUCCCGUUCUAUCACCUCAUUUUGCAGAUUUGGAAAACCCACAGCCUUUGCCUCUGCCUUGAACACGCACUCUCCAACAGACUCAGCUCUAGGUCUGAUGAGGCGCUUGGGAAAGUGCUUUCUGAGGGCCACUUCCUAUUGGACGCUUCCCCAAGGUUCAUGGCUGGGAGCUUACCUUGGCGUUGUCAGGGUAGUUGGAGUGUUUUUUCCACCACUGUUGGUAAUGAUAGAAGCCCUGCUUCCUUUUUUGCCUCUCCCAUUUCUGAGGCAGCUAAAAGGAAUAUGAGAACCAUGCUCCAUUGCCACCUCUCUUCUGCUCAUCCCAUUUGCAAACAGAAGAGAAGCAGUGACAACAGAAGGACUGAGAGCAGUUGCUGGAGGCAGCUUGAGUUCACUCAAGGUUUUUGCCUUUUAACCAUGUGCUAGAAAAGUUUGAUGAAUUCUGGGGCCUAGACAUUCAAAACUGUGACCCUGGCCCCUAAGGAAUUUGAAAUAAGUUAUUUGAGAGGGAUAACUGUGCUAGUCUGUCACAUGGAAAACAAAAAGGAACAUUGUGAAUCUCAAAAACUUGCAUAUUUACUGCUGAAGGAACUUGGAUGGAGUAGAAAUCUGUUGGCCAUCAGCCAGCCUUGGAAUAUAUCUGCAACUCCUGCUCCCUUUGGUGGUUCACCCCAGAUAUUGGACUACAACUCCCAUCAUCCCCUUUGACCAUUGUGACUGGUAGUUCUAGUCCAGCAUCAUGUGGGGACCUAAAGUUGGAAAUCCCUGCUCUGGAGAAUACAGCCUGGGACCUCAACUAUGACAUCAUCUGCUAGGGACGAGAAAGCUUUGCCAUAUACAGAUGGCCCUCAUUAUCUGGGUCCCAGCACCUGUGAUAUCCAUGGUCAGGCAAUGUAGACCCAACCUGGUUAUCCACAGUUCCAAAAAUAGUCUAAAUUCACCGUGGUUCCUGGGUGGUCAGAAAUGACUUCCAGUGUGAUUUCUGGCCACAUUUUGGAGAAUGGAGCCAUUUUGUGGCUCUUAAAUAAAAUAAAAUAAAAUCCUGUAUCUUUGUGGAGAAUUGGGGGUUUGGGCAGGCAUUGCUGGACAGCUGGAAACCUGGAGAGCAUGGUACAGUUCUUCCUUUCUCUUAUUUCUGCCUCCUCCCUUUUUUGACCUCAAGGAACCUAACCCCCCAGUUCCCAUUGACUCAAGGUUUCAUAUCCACAGUUAUAGGCCAGAACAGAACCCCCACAGGUAACAAGGGCCGCCUAUAUGCCUAUCAUAUGUAUUAAUUAUCCCUUUUAUAUUUAUACCUUUGUGUGCAUUUUAGUUGUGUUCUGCUUUGGGAGCCAAUUUUGGCUAAAAAGGAUUCAUAGUAAGUUAGUCAUGACUAAGCAUCAAUGAGACAAACUAGUUAUGACUAAUUUAAAUCCCAUUAAUUUCAGUGAGACUUAGUUAAGACUAACUUAAGCUGGAUCCUGCCCAUGAAUAAAGUGGUCUGUAAUCCAUGCAAACCUCUGUCCCAAUAAACCUGUCUGCCUUUAAAGUGGGACAGGAUCCUUGGAUAUUAUUGAAAGAUUUGUCUGCCUCUUGUGCAAAGCUGCUACGACAAGCUUUGGAACCAGCUGAAUCGAAAAUGGUUGCUGAUGGAUGGGAACUUCUCUAACAUGUUCUCAGUCUUGUUGGCGAAUCUUAUGUGGCCACUGGAAAAAAAUUUCCAACCAGCUGCAUAGGCAAUGGGUUAUUUUAAAGUUUAGCAUGUUUUAUAACAUUGCUUUUGUGGUGGUUUCCCACCAUGGUUACCUGCCCUGAGCUGGUUAGGUGGAUGCAGCAAGAAUUUUAAAUGCUUAAACUCCUGUUGUUUAAGUCUAUAUGAGGUGAGAUGCAUGGGCUGUAAGUCUUAUUUUGAAAUGCUUUGUUUUCCUCAUUAAAUCCUUCGCUUUAA